AUGUGUGAAAUAGGUCACAACAGGCGGCAAGCCAACCGCUUCCACUUAUUCAGUGGGUUUGAUGUUGCAAUCCAGAAAGAAGUAGCUGUGGUGGUCCAUGAGGGUGUUAUCAGGGAGAAACCAUCCAGUGAAGAGGAGGCACGAGAAUUUAUAAAAGGCUAUUCAAGGGCCCCUGCAAGCACCAUUGGAUCAGUGUUGGUUACAAAUCUCAAGACAGGUGUCAGGAAGGGAGGAUGGGACAAGUGUGAGAUCUACUUUCAUCCAAUUCCAGAUGAUGUAAUAGAAAGCCUGAUCAAGGAUGGAUCAGUUUUCAAUGCAGCAGGUGGCUUGCUUGUGGAACACCCACUGACCUCACCUUUUGUGGAAGCAAUGGUGGGAACCAUAGAUAGUGUGAUGGGUUUACCAAAGAACCUUACAUUAUCUCUGAUGAAAGAGGUUCUCUAAAUCUGUUCCACAAUAGCUGUAGUAGCAGGGCUGAUGCCAAUAUGGGUUAGAAGAUAAUCCACAUGCAAUAUGUAAUACUAUUCGUCAGCAAUUCAAUCGCCAUUCUCAAAUUUUGUAAUUUCUAGCUUUCUACUUUCUAGCGAGCAAAGUGAAUGCUUUUUGAAGUAUUAGUCGAGAGGGAUUGACUCUAAAGUUAAAGUGAUUUUCUUAUUGACCAUCUGCUCCAUAUAUGCCUCAAAGGGAAAUCAAGUUGACAGAGUAAAACACUUUUAGUUCUGUUGUAAUUUUUAUCAUAUUGAUGAAAUUUUCUGUUGUGAUUAAAAAAACAACACAAAAUACUCUAACUGGGAAUCACAUUCUUCUUGUUUCAGAUAUUAGGAGCCGUCCGGUUCAAGUCAUGUUUCAUUUUCCUUAGCAUGUUUGGCUUUGGUAAAGGGAACUUUUUCUAAAAAUGGGCUUUGAGGAUUAUGACAAGUGAGCACCAUUCCAGACACGAUUACAAAUUUUUUAAUUUUUAAUUUGAGGAAGUUUUUUGUU